AUGAAAACUCUCUUACUUUGGGGAACAAUCUUGCUGCUCAUAUGGCUUUGCGUGGCCGAAGGGGAUGGAGAAGGUAAAUCCACAACAGAAACAACGAGAUCAUCAACAACUGGGUCUACCACACAAACUACUGGAUCAUCAACAACUGGGUCUACCACACAAACUACUGGUGGUUCAACAUCUGAAUCCACAACGGAAAGCACCGGAUCAUCAACAACUGGGUCUACCACACAAACUACUGGUGGUUCAACAUCUGAAUCCACAACGGAAAGCACCGGAUCAUCAACAACUGGGUCUACCACACAAACUACUGGUGGUUCAACAUCUGAAUCCACAACGGAAAGCACCGGAUUAUCAACAACUGGGUCUACCACACAAACUACUGGUGGCGCUGUGCACGUGAGAACCUACUGGGGCAUAGUUCUCAACUUACUGGUUCUGAAAAUGAUCCUAUGUUAG